AUGUUCGCCGCCAUCCUCUUUAGUCGAACAGUCUCGCGACAUUACGAUCGCAAGCUCGCAAAUGUCGCCGUGCAUCGUUCUCGCUCACUUUCGACCGUCUCAUUCGACCCCUUCAUUCGCCAAUUUGUCUCCAAACUCGCGGAGCGCCAGCCGUGCUUUCCUAUGUCUUCAUCCGACGUGCACAUAAUGCACGAGCCGCAGGAUUUCUACCAAUGCUUGCUUGAUAUGAUACGCCGUGCACGGCGCAGGAUAUUUAUAUCCUCACUGUAUAUUGGAUCGGAAGACGUGGAGCUGAUUGACGCGUUGCACGUGUCCCUCCAACAGAACCCAUCCCUGAAGAUCCACAUACACCUCGACUUCAACCGCUCGACGCGUCCGGGACCUCAGUCUACAGCGCGUCUCCUCCUCCCACUACUGCAGGAGUAUCCCAACCGUGUUUGCGUCGCGCUCUUCCGAAGUCCGAAGUUAAAAGGCAUUAUGGCUAAGCUCGUGCCCCCACGAUUCAAUGAGGGCUGGGGAACGUGGCACCCGAAGAUAUACGGGGCGGACGACGACGUGCUCAUCUCCGGUGCGAACUUGAACACGUCCUAUUUUUCGAAUCGUCAAGAUCGCUAUCUGCGUUUCACCGCCCAGCCGCAGCUGGCGGGGUAUUGUUUCGACUUUUUGCAGCAUGCGUCUGGUUUCUCAUAUUCACUUCUGCCUUCUCCUCUGUCAAAAGAGGAGUACACUCUGCAAUGGCCAGAUGAACAUACCCAUCCGCACUACAUAGAAACCAAAGCGCAACGUAGCUUGAGGUCAUUCCAAAAUUCCCACUUGGCUGAGUCUCCGCAAUUACUGGAUGACCAACUCGCGUCAACUUCGUCACUCGAGAAGAUCGAUGUCGAAAAGCUGAAUGUCAAUCAGCCAGAUGUGCUCGUGUUUCCGGUCAUUCAAGCGGGACUGUUUGAUAUCCGUGAGGAAGAGGAUUCUCUAGCGCUUCUGUUCGAUGAGCUCGGGACGCAUACACCCACGUCUACUUCGCCAAGUUAUGGUGGACCUCUGAUGGACUUGACGAGCGGGUACUUUGGUCUAUAUAAACCAUAUCAGGAUCUUGUCCUUCGGUCGGGAGUAGCCUGUCGCAUCCUCGCUGCCAGUCCAAAGGCAAACGGCUUCUAUGGCUCCAAAGGCGUUUCGGGACGGAUCCCGGAAGGCUACACACUGCUCGAGAAGCGUUUCAUGAGGGCGGUCCGCCACUCUGGUCGGGAAUGGACACAAGAUCAGCAGGAAUGCCGCCCAGGUGUACAGCUGAACGAAUGGGAGAAGAAAGGAUGGACGUACCACGCCAAAGGCAUCUGGCUCCGCCCGACGCCCAACGCCUCACCGCUGCUCACGCUCUUUGGCUCGACCAAUCUCAACUCGCGUUCCUCCAACCUCGACACGGAGCUCUCCUUUUUACUUGUGACGUCAGCGCCUGAGCUGCGCGCACGUCUCGCGGAGGAGGCGGAUGGUCUCCGUGCGCAUGCACAGCCAUGGCGCGGCGAGGAACGCAAGGUGCGUAUCGGGACACGAGUUUUGGUCAGUGCUGUUGGUGGGAUGUUGUGA